GUAGGCGCUGAUAUAUACGUUAUAGUGUGCUUUUAUUUGAAAUUGGAAAAUGAGGUAGGAAUUUUUCGACCCGAGAACUUUUAACAUCUUAGAGCACCUUGGAAGCAGAGGGUCUCCGAGCAGCAAUGGCCAGCGGUUCGGACGAUAGCAGCGACGAGAUCGAAGACGACUUAAUCGAUGAAAACCGUCAGAUACUGAAAUCAAUUGACAGCUUUGAAGACCAAUACAAGACAUACAGACCGAAGGACGCUGAAGAAAAUGAAAAUAGUGCAAAUAUAGGACCGAUCCAGUCUUGUCCGUAUUCAAACGCAUCGAAGGAACGUUCGGACAAAUCGAAGCGCACGAGUAGGCAUUUCCUAAAUUAUCGCAUAGCUUCGGGGCAGGGGCAGCAGCAGCAGCAGCAGCAGAGCACCGUCAUGGCCCAUCAGGGCUAUAGCUUCAGUGAAUAUCCCAUCUGUAGAAACAGCUCGUGUGCACAGAUGGAGAACGACUCCUACAUGUCUCAGAGCGAGAGCUGCUUCUGGGCCGCCGAGGCCGGAGGCAACAGCCGGCCACUGCCCGAAAGCGGCUCGCGAUCGGACGACACCAUUGUCAAUCGUCCGGGUGUGUGCGCCACAUCAGGCGGCGAGGAGCAGUCGGACAUCUCGGCCCAGUGCUCGUGCAUGGGCUCCUGCUGUUGCUGUCGAAUGCCAGAGCCGAUUGGCCCCGGACAGGAGCUGGCGUCGCCGGGUCCCAUGACCUUUGCGCCCUUUCCGUUCAUGCCCAUGGGCAUGCCCAUGUUUUGCCCAGGAAACGGCGGGCCUGCAGGUGGGAUGUACGCCAUGCCAGCCUCAGCGAAUGGGAUGUACGCCAUGCCAGCCUCAGCGAAUGGGAUGUAUGCCAUGCCAGCCUCAGCGAAUGGGAUGUAUGCCAUGCCAGCAGCAGCACCGGCAGCAGCAGCAGCCAUGGAAAUGGAUCAGGAUGCAGUGGCAGGACGUGGUACGGCGAGCCAGGCGCCAAGUAAUUCCGAGGUCAACAGCAGCUACAACAACGCUGGACCCUCGCCGAGUGGCUACUCGGGCAUGUCAGACAAUGCUGCUCAGCCUUCAGCCCCGAUGGGCAGCUAUCCGGUAAUGCCCGGGGCCUACCAUCCGUCCAUGGCUGGGCCCGGCGCCGACCAGAACUCGCAGGGCCCUGAUGCUGCUGCCGCCUACGAUUAUGUGCAAAAGUAUAACCAAAGUAUUCAGCAGUUUUUGGCCACGGCCGAGCAGAACGCUCAGCAGUCCUUGGCCCAGGCCCAGGCUCAGCAUGCCAAUCCACAGGUGUUCAACAAUCUCCAGCCAGGUAUGCCGCAAGGCCUUGCCCCCGCCGGUGCUAUGGGAGCUCAGCCAUAUUAUCCGGGCCUUCAGGAGGGCUUCGCCAAUAGCUCGAUGGGCCCACAACAAUACUUACCCAAUGCCAUGUCGAUGGGGAUGCCGUCCAUGCAGCCCACAGCCCUCUAUGGCAUGAAUUCAGCCAGCAGCAGCAGCAGCAGCAGCAGCAGCAGCAGCAGUGCCUACUACGGCUCGCAAGGGCUCUCGGCGGGCGGCGCCUUCAACGAUUCUCUGCAGACCCAAACGGUGUACUCCACGGACUAUAAGCCCUUUGCGGCACAGGGCAAUAAUUUCAAUCACUUUCCCAACGGCAUAGACAUUGGCUUGCCAGCCGAUUCCUGUCCGGCCUACGGCUCCGUGGGCCCUGUGCCGGGACCUGGUGCCGGUGUCCCGCCUGAGAUGUGCAGCCAGCUCUAUGGCAUGGGCAUGGGCAUGGGCAUGGGCAUGGGCAUGGAUGUGGGCAACAACUCAGCCUAUCCCCUCAGUCAAAUGAGCUAUGCGAGCUAUCCCUGUGAGAUGCCGAUGCCGGGGGCACCGUCUGCCGGUGGCUAUCUUCCCUCGUUCAAUAUGUCUGGCAAAUCAAUCUAGAUUGAAAGAAACCUCUUAAUUCUCACCGAAAAACUCUCUAAAAUGCCAUCGGGGUCACCAGAAGCCACUCAAAGCCACACAGCAAAUAUUUCUCUAACUAAAUUCAAUUCAAAAUCAAUGUAAAUCGAAAUUUUCUGCUCAAAAAUACAAAAUAGGCAAAUAGAAAAUUGUCUUGAGACAAUUUAUAUACAUCGGGGUCACCAAAGCCGCCCAGAGCUAUAAUUUCAAUUGCAAAAAGCUGAGCAAAGCCAUUAACCCCUCGUGAAAGCCCUCACAGAACCUGAACUUCUUGUGGCAUGCACUUUAAGUCAAAGCUAAUUACAGUUGGCCAGAGCCCGGGCCCGAGUCUAUUGAUUUUAGCAGUAAAGUACACUAACCCAUGAAAGAACACACACACACACACACACCCCUCGGCCGCGCACACAACCAACAUUUGCUGACCCACUUUCCACCCACUAGCCGGAAAAGGGUCGGACAAACAACGCCUACGAAUGCGAAAUUCUAGAAAAGUGGGACACAAGUGAAACGCAAUAUGGCCACAAACGGAGCUCCCUUAAAGAUACAGAUAUCCCGCCCACAUGAGGCUUGUGUCGAGGAAGCGCCAAAUCAAAUAUCAAAGUGCCCGACACUGAGAGCUUCGCCAGCCAGUUAAUUGUUUGAUGUUUAAGACCGUGGCAAAGGCAAAGCCUUCUUCAGAUUGUGGUAUUGACAUUUACUAUGGGUUUCAUUAAUCUUGGCCAGGAGUGGAAAGACCUAAACUAAAAUCAAAAAAAGAAAGAAUAAAAAUAAAGAACGUUUGUCAACACCCACAAAACCGCAGGAGGUCGGUGGAAUGCAGGGGAUUUUUUUCGAAAAAAUAA